GCCCCCGGGCACCAUGCUGCCCUCGCAGGAGGCCUCCAAGCUCUACCACGAGCACUACAUGCGGAACUCGCGGGCCAUCGGCGUGCUGUGGGCCAUCUUCACCAUCUGCUUCGCCAUCAUCAACGUGGUGGUCUUCAUCCAGCCCUACUGGGUGGGCGACAGCGUGAGCACCCCCAAGCCUGGCUACUUCGGCCUCUUCCACUACUGCGUGGGCAGCGGGCUGGCGGGCCGCGAGCUCACCUGCCGGGGCUCCUUCACCGACUUCAGCACCAUCCCGUCCAGCGCCUUCAAGGCGGCCGCCUUCUUCGUGCUGCUCUCCAUGGUGCUGAUCCUCGGCUGCAUCACCUGCUUUGCGCUUUUCUUCUUCUGCAACACGGCCACGGUCUACAAGAUCUGCGCCUGGAUGCAGCUCUUGGCAGCUCUGUGCCUGGUCCUGGGCUGCAUGAUCUUCCCUGAUGGCUGGGACGCCGAGACGAUCCGGGACAUGUGCGGGGCCAAGACGGGGAAGUAUUCCCUGGGGGACUGUUCAGUGCGCUGGGCGUACAUCCUGGCCAUCAUCGGCAUCCUCAACGCCCUCAUCCUCUCCUUCCUCGCCUUCGUGCUGGGCAACCGGCAAACAGACCUGCUGCAGGAGGAGCUCAAGCCGGAGAACAAAGAUUUUGUGGGCGCUACAGUAAGCUCCGUGCUGCGGCCAGGGGGUGAUGUCUCUGGAUGGGGAGUCCUCCCCUGCCCCGUGGCUCAUUCACAGGGACCCUGAAGGCCAGGAUCACAGCCCAGGAAUCGAUCUGACCUCUGCUUGUCCUGCCUCCUGCCCUCUCGUCCCUCUAUUCAAGCGCCGAGGGAAGGCCCUGAUCUCAGACUGACUUCUCACCCACCACCAGCCUGCAGGCUUUGAAGACAGGAUGGGCAGGGAUGCAGCCAGGGGGAGGGGAGAUGGCUCUGGCUCCUCCACAACUCGACCUGGGGGAGCUCAGAUCCACCCAGUCCCCUGGGCGUCUCCUCUCCUCUCCAGAGCGGCCUGGAGGCCCCUGCAGAUCCCCAGGGGAGGCGGAGCUGUGGGUCCAGCUCCCCUGAGCCCCUCAGUCUGGAGGGCCGCUGGCUGGCUGUAUCCUGGCCUCCUCUGGUCCCUGCCUCCUCCAGAAGUUUAUUCGAGACACUGCCCCAGGUUGGGCCAGACUCUUUCCUACUUUUUUCUUUUUUGCUGAUGGUGGUUCCACCACAUCUGCCACAAGGCUCCAGGUGCCCCCUUGGCAGGGAGCAAGUGAGGAAGACUGCAGACGUUUCUUGAACGCUCCUCCUCUGCCUUGUUGCAACCAGCCCCCAGCUCUCCCAAAGGACUCUGAGCUGCGCCGGGGACGAAAGGGCAGGGUCUCCCUGUCAGCUGCUAACAGGAGCCCUGAUCAGCAUAGAGUCUGAGGAAAGACUUUCCGGCUCUGGAGGCGAUGGGAGGCAGGGCCCGGCCUCGGCAGCUGGAGCUUGGAAGCUGCUCCGCCCGGCCCAGCCGGGCCUCCUUUCUGCUGGGACAUCUCUCCACUGACUGGACCCUUGACCCUGGCCUGUUUUGUACAGCACAGACUUCUUGGCCCUGUUGUCGGGGUUGGGGUGAGGAGGGGGGCCCCAAGGCGGGGAGUGGGGGG